UUUGUGUGGAAAAAAACUACCCCUCAGGUUCCUAUUAAAUCCUUCCCUCCUCGCCUUAAAUAUACAUCCUCUUGUUCAUGAUUUCACUACUCUGGUUUUCUGUGUUCUGAAAGGGCUUUCAUGGCCAAAAUGGGAACUGCAGACGACUCCACAGAUUGGGAAGGAGGUGCCUAGUGGGGUGGCAGAUGGAGGCGAUGAGCUGUUGAGAUGCAAUUGGAAACGCUGUCAAAGCAUCGAAGAGGACCUUUAAAGGAAUUGCUCCACCCUCUUGAUGAAAGUAAUGAUGGCAGAAGACAACAGAUGACAGCAUAAUUUAAAAAAAAAUUUAAAGUACAAAAACAACUAUCUUCACUGUCGCGCCCACUCCCUGUCAGCUAAGACCUCGCUGCUGGUGCUCGAAGAUGAAUAUUUUGAUAAUUAAGCUUCUCUGCAUGGUUGUGGUUUUUACCCUGAUGAUGCUGGGUUCCCUGUUGCCUGUUCGGAUCAUCCAAGCCGACCAGGAGAAAUUGCAGAAGUCGAAGAAGUUGCUGUCAAUCUGCAGUUCAUUUGGCGGUGGGAUAUUUCUGGCUACCUGCUUUAAUGCUUUGUUGCCAGUUGUAAGGGAAAAGGUUCAAGAGGUUCUUUUAGUUGGAAAAAUAUCUACUGAUUACCCACUAAGUGAGACAACAAUGAUGGUGGGUUUCUUCUUGACUAUAUUUAUUGAGCAAUUGAUUCUGACAUUUCGAAAGGAAAAGCCAUCAUUUAUUGACUUGGAGAUGUUCAAUGCUGGAUCGGAAGGCGGCAGUGAUUCAGAGUACGAGAGCCCGUUUAUUUCAUCAGGACGAGGUCAACCCAACUAUAGUCACAGAUCACAUUCGCACUGUCAUUCUUUGAAUGUAUCUGAGGUGCCCCACUCUAGCCCCUUGCGCUUGAUCUGCCUGGUAUUUGCCCUGUCUGCACACUCUGUGUUUGAAGGUUUGGCUCUGGGGCUGCAGGAGAAAGCAGCAAAGGUGAUCAAUCUGUUCAUCGGAGUGGCUGUGCACGAGACGCUGGUUGCUGUGGCACUGGGAGUCAGCAUGGCGAAAGGAGCCCUGCCGAUGAAAGACGCACUGAAGCUAGCCCUAAUGGUUAGUGCAAUGAUACCCACCGGGAUAGGCAUUGGGAUGGGCAUCCAGAGUGCCAACAGCCUCGGCAGCCAGAUCGCGUCAUUUUUGCUGCAGGGCUUUGCCGCGGGAACAUUUCUGUUUGUCACUUUCUUCGAAAUUCUGGUUAAAGAAUUUGAAGACAAGCACGACCGCCUUCUGAAAGUCCUUUCUCUGGUCAUGGGCUAUGGACUGCUGGCUGGGCUUGUCUUUCUAAAGUGGUGACGAUCUGUCUUGGUUCAGUUUGCAGUUUCAUUAAGGCAUGUGCCCAGGUUAGGCAAGUGGUUAGUUAUUUCCUCAACUUGCUAUUGUGUUAUCUUCUAACCUAUAGUUCCAUCUAUGGGUAAUGAUACUGUUGCUGGUGUGAGUAUCUAACUGGAUUGGUGUUUACUACAAGCGUACUGUGUAAGUUUGUCACUGGGCUCAAUGUAUUGAUUGCAGAUCAGCAGAAAGCAUUGUAAAAGAAAUAUUUAAGCUAUUGCACUAUAAUAAUGUGCUAGUACUUUUCCUGUGGUGGUCUUCAUUAAUGUCAAAUUGCUUCCAUCUGUAGAUCAGCCUAAAGUUAUACUGCUCAAAGUAGUUCCUCUGGACAGGUGCUAUCACUGCUGGGAAUGUUCACAGUUCAGUCAGGGAUUUCACACGCACAUCAUCACACUACUAAAACCCAAGUGACAGCCUGCUGAAUAUAACGGUGCAUGUUUACUGUGAGAUUUAAGUUAUUAAUAGGUUUUUAAAAAAAGUUUACAUGUUGAUUUAUUUAUGAAAUCAAUAGCAUUUCUCCACAAAAUCUAUUUGUAAAUAUUUAACUACUCCAGGGUGUUUUUUAAAUAAUAAAAUAAAAUAUCCAAUGAGACAUUUCUAAUAGUGUACUGCUGAAUACUAUGGCUGUGUGCCAGUAUUGAAAGCAAGAUAACCCACAGGAGUGAUUCAUUUUCCACCUUGCCCAACUAAUCACACAGCAGGUUAGUCUCGUAUCCUGCCUCCAGUUUGUGGUGAGCUGUGUUAGCAGAUUCAACUCGGACGGGUCUGUAGCUGCGACCUUUUGCCUCCGCGUCCUUGGACGAGGGAGAAGAACGUCUGCCAGGAUUCUAACUACUGACCCCUGCGUCCCUAAUAGAAAAUGGGAUCAGACUGAUUCCCCUUCUCUUCUUUGCCUUUCAACAUUCCAUGAGAGCUGCAAAAUGGUGGCAUGGCAUAAAAUUGGAAGGAUGGCUUGUGGAAGACAGGGAAAGGAUGACUUGCAGCUUUCUGCUGGCCAAUUUUGAAAUGUGUUAUUUGUUAUAAGCAGACAAUUUCUUAUUGGUUUUGCUGUGGGAGGCUGACAAGUAGGAGCACUAACACUAGCGGUGUGAAAGGAAUGAAGUAACUUGCACGCCCUAGGUCAGAGUACUUCUUGUAAUUUAGCUCACCCUUUGUCAUGUGAUCAUUAACCUUGCCAAGCAUUUCUGCUUAUUAUUAAGCCCUCCAUAUUCUGCUGUAUAUUUACUACUAAUUUUCCCACAGCAAUGAUAAAGGCCGCAGUCAGUUCUGUUCAGUGGCCUCUUUUGUACAUUCACACGGCAGGUGAGACCAGAUUUAAGCUUUCCUCUCAUGAUGCAAACAACACCUUCGAGUGAGUACAUCAAUUAGCACUGUAGAGAUGAAUCUUCAAAAUGCAGUCACUCGGGAGGGCAUCGGAGUCAGUGAAAGUACGCACACUAAUGAUUGAUGCUUUAGAAGAGAAAAUGUAAAUAGUGUUUUCUUGUAACUUUCAAAUAAGUUUCCUUGCGAUGGUUGCUUUCCAAAAAGGUAGCCAUCCAGGACAUAAUUCCCGCAGAUGCGGCAGGAGUUCCAUUCAUUGUUUGCAAUUGUACGGGAGAGCACUGUUUCCUGUGGAAGGGAUUGGCAGAAGCUCUGUGGAGUAUAAUUGCUCUCUGGGGUAAAACACUGUUGCCUGUGCAAUGCUUCACGGAUACAGCUUGCUGCUAUGUGAAACUUUUCUGAGAAAUCUCAGUAAGUGAUUUAGAAACAAGUCCAUUUCCUCUAAUAUCCUCAGCUUGGAAAAACAUUGAUGUAUUUUAAUUCCUCUGUUUUCUUGAACACACUGACUGUUGCUGACAUAUAGACUGCUGAGUUGCACAGCUUGUACCAGAUCCAUGGCUUGUGGGUAUAGAUAUAGUUAGUGCGCCAGUAGCCUAUUUGAUAAGGGAGGAUUUGAAUGCUUUUAAAGUAGCUGGGUCACGAGAAUGUAAAUAUGAAGCUCUUUAACAGAGGUGUCUGGAAUGAAAUUACUGCAAACAAGUGGCCCUUACUGCUCUGUAGUUUUUUUGCACAACUUUAUUUUGCACCAGAGCUAAACAUUAUGGAAACCAGCUCUGUUUAAAUGGCAUGUGCUGACUGAAAUUAUAUCUGGAGGGAUUGUGGAUCACCAUUGAGUCAGUGCUUUGAGUCAAUUCAGUGAGAGAAACUGAUUGUUUUUUAAUUACUACGUUGACCUAUUCUACCAACAAUAUUAAAAUAUACUUGAAAGACACUGCAAUUCCAGGAAACCUCUUUGUGAACCAUUUCAUUUGAAAGACAAAAUGAAGUGUGUAUCAAUGCAAGACUUUCAUACAUGAUCAUUGGGGAACACUUACUGUAAAUGGUUUGAUUUUGAUAGAUUUGCCAUCAAGUGGAGGUUUGGCAGCAUCUUCAUGCCCAAUGAAUAACUCUGCUAUUUAGUUAUUUCUUUGUUCCAUAGUGGAGCAAGUGAAACUUGUGUUUAUUUAAUAGCAUCUAAUGCUGAUUCUCAGACUUAUGCUUUUUAUACAGCACUGUGUUCUGUCUUGUAGAGAAACCCUCUAACCGUGGAGAAGCACUGACUAGGCCACAUAUAGUAUGCUUUUUCACAAUUUAAGGAUACAAGUGCCAGACCAGUAUGGUUUAGCAUGGCCCAGUGUUUUUCUUUAUCUAUGAGGUGUGUAUUUAGGGUAGAACCCUCUCUUGGUUGCUAGUGCUAGCAUGUGGAAGAGAAUUGAUAGAUGGUUCUAUACCACUGCACAUUUGUUUAAUGGAACAGGCAACCAAUAUUCACUUGCACACAUUCAACAGUAAAAGAUUUUUCCCUGAGCAAAGUAGGAAAAAAAAACAAAUGUAUAUCCAUCUGCUGAUCCAGUGAUCCUUGUUGCUGACUCUACACCUUUGAGCCAUUGAGCGUGGAUAGCCAUGGGACUGACUGCGACAAGUUCUUGCUGCUUAGAGGCUUAUAUAAAUAGUCAUAAUGAUAAUGUACUGAAAAGCAGCUGACAUCUUCAGAGCAACAACCAGCAGGAAUCAGCACCUUCAGAGCAGGAUCUUAUGAGUUUUCUGCCAGUCUAGGAAUCUCAAUAAUAUGUCAGUACAAAGUUAAAAUUGCAAACACUAAUCAUGGAGCGUCAGACGGGUGUAAAGGCCAACGCUAAAGUGUGAAGUCAAUUCCACCUGCUUUCAGUAACAGAUUGAGCAGGGACUCGGUAAGGAGGCUGCAGAUAACUACAGAGGAAAAAUGCACUUUGUAUCUUCAGCAUAUUUGUAAUGUAAGAUACCUCCGUUUGUUGUCUUAAUGCCAAGAGGACUGUUUUGAUGUGAAUGUACUGUUUGCUUAACUCUUAAUGGAUUAAAGUGCGUUGCUCUUUCUCCCAACA